UCCUGUAAUGAAGGAAAAUAAAUUCAAUUGAAAAUGGCGGGGGAAACAAAAAAAUGAUUUUUCUGACAAUUUUAACCCAAUUUAUCUGACUAUGGCACUUUCAACGCAACAGCCUGAAAAUGAUGAUAGAUAUGUACUUUUAGCUAAAAUAGACAAUGCGAGAAAUGUAUCGAACAUUCUGAAAGCCAUUCAUUUUAAAGAGUCAGCCACAGUGUUUGCUAGUUCUAUGGGAUUUAAGGUGACAGUUGAAGAUUCUAAGUGUGUACAGGCCAAUGCCUUUAUUCAGGAAGCUCUGUUCCAUGAAUUUGUAAUGAAAGAAGACCAGAUCACCUUUAAAAUCAAUCUAACAGUGCUACUGGAAUGUCUAACAAUAUUUGGUGGGACACCAGGAGAAAGUACCAGUCUAAAGAUGUGUUACGCUGGCUAUGGAUGUCCUCUUAUUCUUGUUUUAGAAGAAGAUGGUGUUCUGACAGACUGCAGUAUUAAGACUUUGGAACCAGAUGAGAUCUUAGACUUCAACUUCUGUAGCACAAAUGUUAUCAAUAAAAUUAUUAUGAAGUCAGAAUGUUUAAAGGAAGCUUUCAGUGAGCUAGACAUGAGCAGUGAUAUAUUACAGUUCCUGAUGUCACCUGACUCUCCACACUUCAGAUUAUCUACCUUUGGUAAUGCAGGUAGCACACAUUCAGAUUUUCCUAAGGAAUCAGAUAUGAUGGAAUCAUUCCAGUGUACACAGACACAAACUAACAGGUAUAAGAUAUCUUUAUUGAAGCCGUCAGUGAAAGCCCUAGCACUAUCCACGAGAGUAUCCAUCAGAACAGAUAAUAGAGGAUUUCUCUCAUUACAGUUUAUGAUCAAGAAUGAAGACGGACAAGUUUGCUUUGUAGAAUUUUAUUGUGCACCAGAUGAAGAUGUAGAUGAAGGACCUGAGCCAUAGAAGAUAAUGAACACUUCUUAUUGAAAUGUGCCAAGCAUUGUUGUUCUGAAAUGUCAUGAAUCAUGACUUACUAAGACUUAUUUGAAACUUUUAAGGGCAGUGAUACCAACAUACUUUUUAUAAAGAUUCAAACUAAACACUUGUAAAAUCAUGGAUAUGUCGACUCAUUUGUGGAACUAUAUGAAAUUCUGCAAUGACUUCCUCAAGCCUUGUUAUUUAUUGAAUUAUUUGUUAAGAAUAUUAGUUUACACAUGCUGUAAAUAAAAUAUAAUGUAACAU